AUGAAGAGUCUUAAGGCAAAGUUUAAAAAGAAUGAGAGUCAAGACUGGAGCAAGAGUGAUGAGCGGCUCCUCCAGGCUGUGGAGCAAAACGAAACAGAUAAAGUCUCCGCCCUCAUCCUUAAAAAGGGUCUCUGCCCCACCAAGUUGGAUGCUGAGGGCAAAUCGGCCUUCCAUCAUUGCGUGUCUCGAGGGCACGUCGAUUGUCUGGAGGUCAUCAUCGCUCACGGAGCUGACGUCAAUGUCACAGAUGGUGCCGGCUUUGGCGCCCUUCACCUCGCAGCCAAAAACGGACAGACCGAAUGUUUAAAGAGACUUUUACAGGAGAGAUUGGAAGUAGAUUGCACGGACGCCAUCGGGAGAACGCCCCUCCACCAUGCAGCAAUCAGCGGCUGCGUAACCUGCUCUGAGAUCCUGUGGGACUUUAAAGCCGAUCUUGAUGCGCAAGAUGGGGAUGGAGCCACCGCCCUCAUUCUGGCAGCGCAGAUGAGUCGAGCGGAGCUUUGCGUCUUUUUGCUGGGUCGAGGUGCCAACGCAAACAUUCAGGACAACCAGGGGAGGUCUGCCUUAAUGUUGGCCUGCGAGAGCGACAGCGCAGAAACGGUAGCCGUCCUACUGAGGGGCGGGGCCAACACGCAGCUGGUCGACGGCCUCGGAAACAAGGCGGAAGACUACAGCCCUGAUAGCCAUCGCAUUGUGCACAUGUUGCAAAAUGGAGCGCCUCCUGGUACGACGCCCCAAAACAACUCACGGGCCUUAAAGCUGGUGCAAGGGGGGAGUAGCCCUCGCAAAAGGAAAGCCCCACCCCCACCACGUGCUCCUCUCCAGGUACUGGGUUUACCACCCGCCCCUCACGCACGCAGUCCCGCUCCCCCCGUUGAGUCGCCCGAGCCCCCUGCUCAGUCGCCUUCUCCUCAGCCUCCAGAAUUGCAUCAGGUUAGUGGGCUCUUUUAGGUGGAAGAUGAGGAAGUGUUUGAGGAGAUUCGGCGACUACGUCUCGAACGAGGUCGCCUCCUCCAGAAAAUAAAAGCCUUGGAGCAGCAGCAGCAGAGCGCCCUCUCUGCCUUGGAGGAGCUGUCCCGGCUAAAACAGUGCCUAAAAGAGGCAGAGGCUGAGAGGGACAAAUUGAUCGAGGAGCUAAAGGGAGUCCAAGGCGUCGGAACGAGUGACUCUGAAGAUAUGGAGGAAAUGUUUGACUUCCAAGAGAGGUUGCUCUCCAAGCGUUCCAGAGCCUCACCUGCUCGUGCCGAGACCUCCUCGGACGCAGAAUCGGCCAGCCCGUCUCCUGCCCCCGCUCAGCGUGGAACUGCGGAAGAACUACACCAAAAAAUAGAAGAGCUUACAUCACAGAAUGUCGAGCUUGUUCUCAAAGUUCAGAUGCUGGAGAUGUUUGAGAAGGACGACACCAACAUGGAAAGCCCCGGUGCGGACUUUGUCCCCAUCGCACAGUAUGAGACAAUUAGGAAGGAGUUUGAAGCCCUACAAGAGCGCUUCUCAUUGGCUCAAGCGGCCAACGAGGAGUCUGGUGAGGUGGAGGAAUGUGGUGUUGAAACAUCUCAGGUUGGAUUUUCAGAGAAUCCAGAGGCUCUAAAGGAGAAGCUGCAAGGCCUGCAGGCCCUGUUGGCUUCCUCUCAGUCAGAGCUGGAUCAGCUAAAGGAGCAAAUGCGUCUUGGGGUGUUGUCCGUGGAGUGUGCCCAAGGGGACACAGGAGGAGCAGGUGCUAGCUGGGUUCCAGACUCGGCGGCCCAGCAGCUGAGGGUAAGAGUAGGCGAGUUGGAGGAGGAGCUUAGCCAGAGCCGUGCCAAAACGGUCGCCCGGACCUCUGAGGACGCUGACAGAAUCAAACAGCUGAAAGAGCGAGUUGAGCAGCUUCAAGUCGCUCUGGUCCAGAAAAGGUCUGCGGGCGACAAGGACUGGACAGACUCUGGCGCAGAAGAGCAAAGGGAAAACGUGGCUGAGCUGGAGGCGAGCGUUAUACAGGGAGGGAGCACGUCGGGAGGCCCGGGACUGAAUGGAGAUCAGGUUCGGCGCCUUCAGGAACGUGUGGGCGAGCUGGAGGAUGAGCUGAAGAAGUGUGUGCCACGGUCAGACCUGGAGGAGGUGCAGGUCACCCUAAGCCUCCAGUGUGAACAGCUGGCCAGGGAGAGAGCGGAGGUGGCGAGGAAGCUCAAUGAUGCCCUCCUGCAGUUGGAGAGACUGAGGCCUCCCAUAAAUGGCGACGACGAGGAUGAAGAAGAAGAGCACUCGGAGAGCUCGGAGCUCUCAGUCACAUCAGAACGCUCCAGACGUACGCUGGCCGCCGUUCGCGAAGAGCUGGAGGUGGCCCGACAGGAAGCCGCCCAAGCUCUUGACUGCUUAUGUGCCGAGCGAGAGAGCCGUGCCCACGACGCCCUGCACUUGAAGGAUGUUGUGCCUCUGGCCAAGCACAAAGAGGCGCUGGCCGCCGUGUCGGAGCAGCUUGCCCAAACCCUACAGGAGCUUCAGCAGGAAAAGGCGCAGCGGGCAGAGACCGAAGAACAGGCGGCCAUAUUAGAAGCCAAAGUAGAGGCCAUGCAUGAGGCUGUUCCCAAAGAGGAGCAUGACAAAAUCAAGGCAGAGCUCCAGCGCUCCCUGCAGGCCAGCGAGAGUAGUGCCGCAGCAGCUCAAGAGGCUCUGAGUGACAAAGAAACAGAGCUGAGGCAGCUCAAGUCAGAAAAGGCCGCCCAGCAGGGUCUUAUCUCCAAGGAAGACCACGAGGCCCUGCGGCUGUCCAUGCAGGCCGAUAUAAACGCCAUGGCGGCCCGCUUCAACGACCUCACGCGUAAACACGAGAAGACCUGCACUGAGGUGUUCCAAGUGCAGCGGGAGGCUCUUUUUAACAAGAGCGAGCGACAGGCGGCAGAGACUCAGUUGGUUGCUGUGCAACAGCAGCUUCAAGAACUGCAAGCCAAGUCCAGUCAUGUCCAGGAACUCCAAAAUAACAUCCAGGAAUCUCAAGGCCUUGUCAAGGAGAAGGACCGCAAGAUAACAGAGCUAUCUAAGGAGGUGUUCCGGCUAAGAGAGGCACUUGGCUCUCUGUCGCCCCCUCUUGGCAUCAUGUCUUCCAGUUCUAACACGCAUCAAGCGAACCCGGGACAGCAAAUGGCACUACAGAACAGAAUCGCCAUACUCAACCAACAGCUCCAGGAUUGUGAACGAAAGCACAAACAGGUGGUGGCUGUGUAUCGUUCUCAUUUACUGGCUGCCGUGCAGGGUCGUAUGGAUGAAGAGGUGCAACGUCUUCUCCUGCAAAUCCUCAGAAUGAGCCAACAGGGUCAUUAACAUCCAUGUCAUCCAUCUUUAUAGCUCAUUAUAUCAAGCAAGCACAAGUGUACAACGAUGCCUUUCAAGGAACCCAUGUCUGGAAUUUAACGUUAAUUCCACCAUUAAUUCAACUUUGAUAAUGUAAACAGGUAAUGCUGAAUUGUCAAAGUUUUGGCCUAUGACAGGAAUUCCCCCAAACUGUCCAAAAUUAUUUUUUUACUACGAAUAAUGUGUAGUUGUUCAUCCAUGCCAGCAAUAUAGUGACAUAAGUGUGGUAUGCCUUUUAUAAAAAGCCAAUGUGUUUAUUUUUAGAAGAUAUUGUGAGAUUGACCUACUUUUUUUUUUUUUUUUUUU